AUGGUACUCGUGGAAUUCGCGCUCCUCAAUAUUUCCGUCGAACGAGGCCUAAAAACUUUUGCUGUUUUAUAUUAUCUAUUCUUCUUUUUAAUUGCACCACCUUUUUCGAUAUUUUUGGCAAUUUAUCUUCUUUUUACGUCGUGGAUUGUAGUUUUAUACGCGGUUUGGUUCGUUUACGAUUACCGUACGCCAGAGCGGUGUUCGAGACCGCUUUUUUUAUGCCGAAAUUCGAGUUUAUGGACGUAUUUCGCGGAUUAUUUCCCUAUGAAAUUGAUUAAAACAUGUGAAAUUCCAUCAGAAAAUUGUUAUAUUUUUGGGUGUCAUCCUCAUGGCGUAAUGAGUAUGGGCACAUUUACGACUUUUUGCACGAAUGGAACUGGUUUUAACGAAAAAUUUCCUGGCAUUACUGCUUAUUUAGCUACAUUAGAAGGUCAAUUCUGGUUUCCAUUCAGGCGAGAAUAUAUUCUUACAUACGGAAUAAUAUCUUGCAAAAAGAAAAGUAUAAAAUAUGCAUUGGAAAUGGGAAAAGGUGUUGGAGUUGCAGUAGUUUUGGGUGGUGCACUGGAAGCUUUAGAUGCUCAUCGUGAUUGUUAUGAUUUAAUUCUUCUUAAGCGCAAGGGAUUCAUCAAAUUAGCGCUUGAGACUGGGGCACAUCUUGUUCCGGUUUAUAAUUUUGGUGAAAACGAUAUUUUUAAUCAAGUCUCGAAUGAACGAGGAUCUUUUCUUCGCUCAUUUCAGGAAAAACUUUCUCAAUAUACUGGAUUCAGCUCACCGAUCUUUAGUGGUUGUGGAAUUUUCAAUUAUAAAUUUGGCAUAUUGCCGUUUCGAAAGGCGAUUCAUACCGUAGUUGGACGCCCAAUUGCGGUUGAACGAAAAAUUAAUCCAACAUCUCAAGAAAUUGAUGAACUUCAUGAAAUAUAUUGUACCGAAUUGCAAACACUAUUCGAUUCACAUAAAACAAAACAUGGUAUUGAUGAAAAUAUUCAUCUUAAAUUUUAUUAA